CGGAAUCUGCCCUUCUUGUAUAUGGCGGACGAAAUUUCCUCAGGAGGAACCGCAACGCAAACCUGCGCGAGGCAGAAACGAAGAGCUUGCACGGACUGAGUUGUGCAGUCACCUCUGGUCGGGGAGGGAAUAUUUCUGGAGCGGGAGCCCGGUUUCGCAUGAGACGCAUCGUUUUUGGAGAAGCACAGGCUCAGAGGAGGUGGAGUCAUGAGUGCACACGAGGCACCCAAUCCUGGGAAGGAGCAGGCGGAUGGUGUGAGUGCGGCCACAGAGGGUCCCUCGCCAACCUCGGUCCCAAAGACCGAGAGUGCAAAUCCAACUACUGUCACAAUAAAGAAAGAGCCCGGGACCUCAGAGACGAGUAACGGGAAAGUGGGUGAUGCCAACCCUGCUGAGAUCUGUGUUGUCAUUGGAGGGAAUGAUGGUGGAGCAAGUGGAGGUGGAUCCCGUAGAACUCAGACCGAGGGUAUGUUUGCCCUUGGUUCUCCUCCACCAACGAAGAGCACAGACUCAUGCAUAGGUUCCUAUGUAUGUGGGGUAUGUGGGAAGAAGUACAAGUAUUAUAACUGCUUUCAGACACACGUCAGGGCACACAGAGAAUCGGAUAACAUGGUUGCAGAUGGCGUACCCCAGACACCCAACAUCUUGUCUCCUCACUGUAGCCGCCUUCCCAUAGGUGACAUCCUAAUACCAGAUAGCUUCCGUUACUCCUGUGACAUCUGUGGCAAGAAGUAUAAAUACUACAGCUGCUUCCAGGAGCACCGUGACCUGCAUGCAGUGGAUGAUCCGUAUGAACAAGUACCGUUACCUGUGGAUGGCCUUAAAGAGGAGGAGCCAGUUGAACCCUACCAGAAAAUUGGACCAAAAACUGGAAGCUAUGUUUGUGAGUUCUGUGGGAAGCAGUACAAGUAUUUUAACCCAUACCAGGAGCAUGUUGCGCUUCACACGCCAAUGGGCUCUUUUGAUUUGAAGACAUCACGGGUUCAGGAAUGUGGUAGCAUGGAUAUGAGUAAAUUCGGCCACAGCCAGACUGGUAAGAUAAAAAACACUCCAUUCAGGCGGAAACUGGAAAGUGCAAUUCAGUCCAGUCUGGUUGACACAAACAGUUCACAGAAUUCAAGCGGGACUCCGAGCCCUCUGGUGGCCAGCAACUUCUCUACAACCCAGAAACCCUACACUUGUGGUGCCUGUGGCAUCCAGUUCCAGUUCUACAACAACCUGCUGGAGCACAUGCAGUCCCACGCUGCGGACAAUGAAAACCACACAAAAGGGGACUCUCCCAAAACCUCCUCAGCCUCCGGUCCUCCAGAGCCGCUGUGGAGGGGCUCUCAGGCUCAGGCCAAUUCCUCAGUUAAACUACAAAUCCAACCUCAAAUUAUCCCCCAGAGAAACCACACAGUCAGCCAGAAUAACGGACUCCCCGAGAAGGAGCGGCAGCAGGUGGCUGAGCGCCUCUUACGGGUAAUGUGUUCCGAUCUGAGCGUGCUCAACGUGCUCAACAGCAAGGACUUCCUGAAACUGGCACAGACCUUGGUGGAUACGGGCGCUCGUCACGGUGCCUACUCCACCCGUGAAGCAUUUGGCAACAUGAGUGCCUUGGCACUGCGUCAGCUGCCCCGCAUGUACAACCAGGUCAAAGUCAAAGUCACGUGUGCCCUGGGCUCCAACGCUGCACUCGGCAUCGCCAUCACCUGCCACUCCCAGGCAUCGGGCCCGGAUGCCUGCCAUGUGCUCACGGCCUACCAGGUGGAGGGGUCGAGACUGAAACGCUAUGUGCUCGGCGUGCGGGAGGCGGAGCUGAGGGAAGGGCCCGAGCAGAUCCACCACUGGGUGCAGAAUGUGCUGUCUGAGUUUGUGAUGUCCGACGUACGCACCGUGUACGUCGCCGAGCCCAAAGUGUGGGCGGCUGGAUUUGCGGGAUCACCGCUCGGCGGCCGCAGCAGGGUCUGCCUGCGGUGUGCCGGGUGUUCACUCGGCGCGGUGGUCCAGGCUGUUCUCGGGAAGCGCAGCCUCCAGGCUCGAGGUCUCCACGAGUUGGCCGAGCUUCUGUCGACGUGCCGAGAGAUUGCCGCCUCCACCACGCUGUCCCUUCGUGAGGAACAUUGCACCGAAACAUCCACAAGCGCAACGGAGGAGGGCACACAGGGCGGCCCUGCACAAUGCCCCACCCCUCCGUGCUGGGAGCGCACGGCUGAAGCUCUUCUGCAGGUCCAUGCCCACCUCGAACAGAUUUGUGAGGCUUACGGACGAAGUAAGACCACCUCUCCUCUCCUCCAAGGGCUCAACAAGCAUCUGCUCGGUACGCUGUCCUGUCUGCUGGCCCCGCUGCGUCUGGCGGCUCUGGAGCUGGGCAGCCAGCGGAGGCCCACCUUACAGCAGGUGCUGCCCGUGUACCUUCGCCUGGAGAAGUUUUUCACGUCCAAAGCUGGAGAGGCUGGAACCGGCACGGCUAGCAAACUCUGCCACUACUUCCUAGAAGCACUGAAGGAAAACUUCAAGGUCGAACGAGCCCACCAGGUAGCCAUGAUCCUGGACCCGCAGCUCAAACUGUGUUCAGUGCCGGCCUACCAGCACGAAGACAUCAUCGCCCGCGCGUGCGAAAUGGCUGCCGAGACCAGGGAUGGAGGGAUGACUGGUGGUGGCGGCGGAGGUUCAGGUGGUGAAGAGCGGGACACCGACGGCCCACCAACUCCGAAGAUAAGCCGCAUUGAGGGAGGGGGGAACAAUGGCGGCAUCUCAAGGGGGUCCUCCUCCUCUUGCACGGUCUCUGGUAAUGAUGAGAGUCAGAGCCAAGUCAGACAAGAGAUUUUUCAAUACCUGGCUGAGCCACUUCUCCAAGGCACACCUGACCUCUUCCAGUUCUGGAGCUCAGCGGUGAAUGAGAAGUUCCCCCGGCUUUCUCGCCUGGCGAUGUGGCUCCUCGCUGUGCCUGCCGUGGGCAUUCACAAUGAGUGCGUGACUGUCUGCGAGCAGAGCCUGGCGAUGAAGAGGAGGCAGCAGGUGACCUCAGAGGAGAUGAACAAACUCAUUUUCCUUCGCUCCAACAUGGGCUAGGAGAGAAGCUCCAUCACCCCUACUCAACCAAACCUUCACCUCCAACCAAUGACUGAAGACUAUUAUUUAUAUCCUGUAGGCUUAGACCAGCUGUAAACUUAAAUGUGUGAAACACUUCUCAUGACAGAUAUUUACAAGGAACUCACAUUGUAUAGGUUGCAAACACUCAUACAACAAUACGGCUAAUGACAUAUUUUGUAUAGAGAAAGGACUGUUGUUAAGUACUGUAGACAAAAUGUAGGGGUGGAACGGUAACUCUCAAAAGAUUGUGUGGUACGCCGCCCUCGGUUUGGGAUGCACAUGUCGGCAGGAUCCGUCUCCUCAUGGCCAGUGACUCGAGAGACUUCAGCCUCGUGACUACACGGCUAAUAGGCUACAUGGCUGUUAGUCUCGCUGGCUCGCAUCUUUUUCAGGUAACGUCAGCUUUUUGCUGCUUGAAACUACCGUCGUAGACCUCUGAAAACAUAAAUCACUAAGUAGUCUAAGGGACCCUGGAUAGUCGACUGUCUGGCUAUUCAAUCAAAGGAGCCUGAUUGGACAACCCAUCUCUCUCUGUCAAUUCGUUGUAGUGACGGCAAAAUGUGGCAAUGAAGUAAAAGAUAGUUCAUAAAUAACAUGGAAGAUGGGACUACCGAGAGACGGGUACAUUUUGAAUUCAUGAAUAUUCUCCGAAAUGAGCUUGGGGAGACGUGUAGGAACAGGUGUUAGCGGCGCUUUAACAAGUGUUUGCGUUUUGCGUCCCUCGAGACUCGUCGCUUCCCCGUCUUCUCUCGUCUGUUGAUUGCUACGAUGUGAGAAAGGGAAUUGGGACUGAAAGUUUGAUUUACAACCACAAAAAUCAAGCAGGAUAAGAAACUCUCUCUCUCUCGAUCUCCACUCACUGUCAGUCCGACGGACGGCGCCGCAACACACAACUACACAAGUACACAAGUACACACCCCACGUACAACAAACGGCGCUGUCAAUUAUUUUGCCGACACAACAACUAAGAAAUAGGAACAUUUAUCUCGGCUCAUAAUGUUGUUUUUUAAAAUCAUUUUUCUAUGUGAAGCUGAAACGUUGGAAUCGAUAAGCAAGAACAAAAAUAAAUGAUUUGACGAUCAGUCGACUACAGGCCUCUCUCGACCGAUCCGAUCAGACGAUAUCAGUUCUUCGGGACACUCCUAAAGUCCUGGAGCACGUGCAGUGUUUGCAGAUCAUUUUCAUUGGUGUAUGACAAACAAUUCAAGAGGCGAAUCUCUACUGCCAUUGCACCUCUGACAUUAAGGUGUCUGACUCACUAUCACAAAUCACAACAAAUAUUAUUAUUAUUCGUAUAUUAACAUUCAGCCAUGUGAGGUGGCCAGGUUUCUUUCUCAGUUAUAUCAUCGCAGAUAAUUUGACAGUUGCUUCAGCGGCCUCACAUGUUUUGUUGAAGAUCAUUUGCUUGCACUGCACUAGGUUUUUCAUUCAAAGGUUAAUACACAGAUGAUAAAAAUGAUUAUGAUUCUUUCUGUUUUUGCAAAUUUUAAAGAAAAGUCAUCCAACGUUUAUUUUUAUUUUCUCAAAUUUAAUCCGAGGUCUUAUGCUGCUAGACAUGCAGGUCAAACAGAUACACGCAUACACGGGUGUUUAUAUUUAUUUUUGACAACGCUUAAUUAGAAAACUUGUUCACAGGGAAAUUAUAAAUAGAAUUGUAUUUCUUCUUUCCUCAUUGAUCGUAUAAAUAUAAUAUAAACAUUGUCUUCCUUAUGUGAGCUACACGUUUUACGUUUUAAAGCAACAAGAUGUAUCAUAGUUUCCAACUUUUAUCUAAUGACACUCCUACAGUUAAAUAGUAAUGCUUAUUAUUAUUAUUAUUAUUAUUAUUAUUAAAUCAACAGGAUUUUCUCAGGAAUGAGUGCACCCAAGCAGGCACCGCCACUUUUUCCUCACUGUACCGAAAACACACCAAACUGUAACCUCAGAGCCGAGGUGUGCACUGAACCGGGCCUUUUGUGAAACGUUCCACCCCAAAUACGGUUAGUGCCAUUUGCAACAAAUAACAAAUGGAUCGCUGAGGGUUUGUUUAUUUUUUUCCUGGAUAAAAGCAUAUUCUGCCAGUACUAAUGAACUCAAGUCGUUUUAUUUUUUUACGGAUCCUCGUAUACAUUUACAAAAGCCAAUACCUCCUGAAAUAACUGAUACUGUAAAUGUGUUUGUUGCCUUUGGUACUGAUUUGUCAAGUACUCGUUUGUCAUCUCUGAUUUUGGACCUGAAGUCUCUUUCACCACUUUGAACCCGACAGUCAGAACCAACAUCAUGCCUUUUUAUUGCUGUUCAAUGGCCUUCUUUUCUCCUUGUUUUCUCAAACUUUUAGUCUUUUUCUCUCACUCCGGUAGAUGCAAAAGGACAUCUGGCUGAUGGUUUGAAACGCUGUCCUCUGGUGGACAGAUGAGGACUUUAAAAGAAUAAUCAUGGUCAACUGGUAUUUGACAAGUGCUGUGUUCCAAAGUACAAGUCUUCUCUUGGUUUACAAAGGAGACCAGGAAUGAUUUCAAUAAUCCCGUAUCCGCUGGAUGAACCUGCGCUUCGUCGAUCAGGUGUUCAUCGGGCUCACAUCGGAGCAGGGAGCUGUAUCAACAGGGAUGUGGUGGUCUCACUCAUGGAUUUUGUUUAUUUGCUGCUCCACAUAAAUGAAAAGCGCCAUCACACUCUUUAAAUUAUAUUCAAAUAUUUAAAACUAAGUCAUAAUUUAAAAUAUAUACUGUAAGGAAUCAUAGGAUCUAUGUUGACAUGUUUCCCAGCUUUAGAGCCCAGUACAACUUAAAUGAAAGUCUCGUUACACUUCUGCCCAACACAUGUUACUUAAUCGCUCAUAUAGACGGUUUACAGUUGCUUUUCCACAUUUAUUCAUCAUCGCCCAGGUUGGAAUUGUGACACGCCCUUUUUGUUUGAGGAGUGUGGGGCCGUGUAGUUCAACAUGAAGAAUGCUCCUUUGUUUCCCAAGGUCACAGGAAGUAUACUGUCGAGAGGACACUGCACAUGGACAUUAUCGGGUGCGUGAGUGAACAGUUGAACGUGUCACACCAAGAACCAAGACGGGUCUCAUGAAAAUGAGACUCGGUUGAGCACCUAAAUGCAGUUGUGUAAGUUUUCAUCCAUGAUGAACAUUUAUUAUAAAGGCAUGUAUGGUUACACAUGCUUAAAUGAUGUCUGUCGAUCUCAGAUGAACGGCUCUGCAUUGUAAACUGUCGGGUGUUUUUAAUAGACUUGCCCUCCUUACCUCCAUUCACAGCUUUGAUUUAACAAUAAUAAUGAUAAAUGCUCAUCUCCUGAAGGAGUGGCUGAACACACUGGCUGCUCUCUCUGGCAGAACGCUUCCAGCCGGUUUCACCAGCCGUGAUGGAUGUGUUCAUAAAUGUGUUGCACCUGUAACCACAUCCAGCGGUGAUGUCAUGGGGCGUUUGAGUACACCUGCACAUCACUGCUGCCGGUGAGAAGUCAAACUACUGAAGGUCAGCAAAGGCAACAUUUUCAGGGGGUCUUGGGUUGCUCCGUCAUGGUUUCUUAAUCUGUCUGGUUUAUUUUUUUAGUGUGUGUGUUUUUUUUGUUUUUUGCAUUACGUUUCUUGAGGAGUUAUUGUUAUUAUUAUUAUACAUUUUAACACCGUUUAUCUGUUUCCCCUCUCAGGCUUGGGGAGAAUAACUUGAUUCAGUGUAACCAAGACGCAUCCUUUCAUUGUGAUGGUCUAUAUCUAUUAUACUCUUAUACAAUGGAUUUAUGUCACACAUUUAUAUUUUGGUUAAAGAAAAAAAGAUUGGGAUAAAUUAUAUUUAACAUUUUAAUUUUUUACGGAACCCAUCCAAUGUUUUACCUCGAUACGCAUAAAGUAAUGUAAUUUAAAGAUUGGAAAUCCGAUGUUCAUACAACAUGUAGCUUUGGUCUAAGAUAUAGUCAACAUACUGUGCGGUAGUUUGGUUUUGGCAGUGAUCCCAGAUUGGACUGACGAAGGGCGUUUUCUUACAGGUUUUUAAAUAAUAUUUUAAAUAUAUGCUCUGGGACAAAAUGCCAUUGUUGACAUCAUGAUGUCAACAUGAUUUUACAGCACUCUUUGUUGAUUAAAUGCUAAUUAUAUCUGAGAUGUGCAUGCUUUUAAUACGAGUACUGAUAUAUAUACAGUUGGAGCCGUGGAGCGCUCACGAGUAGACGUUGUUCCUUAAGACACUCAUCAACCGUCAGAUAAGCAACCGGGCCUGAACUUUAAUCUUUCGUGGCGGGAGGAGUGAUGCUAAUCAUACGUUGGUGUUUAUGAGUUGCCUGACUCCAUUUUCAGAGGAUGUAUUAUAUAAAUACCAGAUAACUGCUGUUUAAUGCCACAAGGGGGAGCCUUCAUUUCAGAGAUACAGUAGGGAACACAGAUAACAUUAUACCUCUAUUUUCUACAGUAGCAUUUCAAAAGGUUUUUGAUAUGAUAGAAAACUCAACUAAGAUACUGAUAUUACAAAAUUUAAAUCAGCUGUAAGUUUUCUUUUACUUCAGGAUAUUAAACUUAUUCAGAUAGGAAUUGUACAAUAUGGUAUAAGAAUGCAAACAUGGAGACCAUUUCUGUUUUACCCAUGGAUUAUACUCUAUUAUCAAUUCAGGUUAAGAAAUUAGUGUUGCUUUCAUCCUACUUUACAGACAUUUCCUUUUCUACUCUGCUACAAUGCAACAUGGGUUUAGUCUCUUUAUUUUGUGUGUUUUUAAUGCACUUUGGCAGCAGAUUCCUGUGUAGCUUCAGAUCUGAGUUGUCUUAUUAGUAAGCCUUAUUUACACUUUUGUAGCAACACUAUUUUUAUAUAAUGGUGAAAGAAAGGGUUCAGUGUCUUUCUUUUGUUGUUCCUGUGUCAUGUGGCAGCGCUGUUCAGUGUUUCUGGAAUACAUUACCCACUGUAGGACAUGACGUGUGAAUAAACUCCAACUCUGUGUCAACAACA